UCAGUUGCCGGCGGUAUAAAGACCCCGCCAGUCGCUUUCGUUCUUCAGUCGAACCCAGCCAGCCGCUAAAGAAGAAUAUCGCCGGUACAAACCGCGAAGAAAAUCACUGAACGUUUAUUAUAACAACUCUACUACAUAGCAAUUCACUUUGAAUUGUUUUAUUCAGAAUCUACUAAAUUGAAUCAGCUGAAAAUGUUGCGGAAAAUCGUUUUCCUGCUCUGCGCUACAUCCGCUGUUCUCGCCAUUCCUCGUCCCGGUGUCAAAGGAGAAAUCAAGGCCGAUGUGGACGUUUGCUCACUACCGCCCGUCAACCCGAGCCCAAUCGCCUGCAGUGGCAUAAUACCCCGAUGGACUUACAACGCCAAAGCCGGCGUCUGCGAAAAAUACACUUACGGCGGAUGCUUCGGAACCGAGAACCUGUUCAAAAAUGAAUUCGCCUGUUUGGCCAAAUGCAACAAAGAAGGAUUGGAAAAGAAAAUCAGCGAAAUCGACGCUACUGCUCCCUGCAUGCAACCGAAAGCCACCGGUAAUUGCCGGGCCUUCAUCCCCAGUUUCUUUUUCGACACUCAAACCGGCCUCUGCACGUCGUUCACUUACACCGGGUGCGGCGGCAACGACAACAAUUUCAGCUCUGAGGACGACUGCGACCUCAAGUGUAACGGUCUGCAAGGACCCGUCAAGCCGCCACCCGCCGCAGCGGCGGAUGAUUCAGCCGCACCACUUGUCGCAGCCGAGAAAGAGCUGACGAAACAGGAGAAAUGCAGUUUGCCCCCAGUUAAUCCGAGCCCUUUCAGCUGCUUGGCUUUCAUUCCGUCAUGGACAUUUAAUUCCACUACUGGCGAGUGCCAGAGCUAUGUUUAUGGAGGAUGUGGUAAAACGGCCAACCUGUACAACUCUCAGGACGAGUGCAACACUGCCUGCGGACCUGAUCCCAGUGUGAUAUUACCCACAGAGCCAAGCGAACUGAUGAAGCCGGAUAGCAAGUGCACUUUGCCUCCCGUUACGCCGAGUCCGUUUAGUUGCCUGGCGGCCAUUCCGUCGUGGACGUUCAAUUCGACGGCCGGCAAGUGCGAGAGUUACAUGUACGGCGGUUGUGGCAAGACGGCCAAUCUGUUCAGCUCACAGGACGAUUGCAACGCAGCUUGCGGUCCUAAACCGAGAAUUCUCCAACCUCGUCAAGAAAUUUGUCAAUUGCCUGUCGUCAAGGGCCCGUGUUUCGCCUUAUGGAAGCGAUUCGCCUUUGUUAAGGAGAACAACAGGUGUGAAUUGUUCUACUUUGGCGGUUGCCAGGGCAACCGAAAUAAUUUCAGAACGGCCGACGAUUGCUACAAAACCUGCGGCGGAGAUGAACCCAAUACGACGCCAGAGUGUUCGGAAGUGACGUGUCCCGUCUCCAACAAGCGCUUUAUCGAAAGAGGUUGCCGGCCAGAGUACAAAGGGAAAGCGUGUUGCCCAACCAGAUUUGUCUGUCCUGAGGAGAAAUCGGUUGAAGGAGUUUGCCGGUACCGCGAUGUCUCCUACCUCAUUGGCCAAGAGAUUUCCCAACUCAACCAGGACGACGCAUGCAAAACAGGUUGCACUUGCGAGGCGAGCGAGCAUCAUCGAGGUGGCGCCAAAAUCAAAUGCAAUCAGAUUUAUUGCGACAUGCCGUUCCCGCCUCAAGAGGAAGGCUGCGUUCUUGUCACGCCACCCGGCGCCUGCUGCCCAUCUUACAAAUGCCCCGAGAAGCGCCCAGAGCAGGAAGGUCCGCGUGAUGAUAUUUGCGUCUUCAAUGGCAAAGAGUACCUCAAGGGACAAUCAAUUCCUUCUGGCCAGCCUUGCAAAUGGUGUACCUGUGUCGAUGGUUUCAAUGGUUUGGAUGGUCCGGGCUGUCGGGAAGCCCAUUGCGUGGUGGACAACAGGAUAGGCUGCGUGCCCGUUUACGCACCCGGAGUGUGUUGCCCAAUCAACUACAAAUGCAUCAGCGCUGCCGAGCUGAAGGAAAACAAGACGAGGAUUAUUCAAAUUCAACCCGAGUCAGGCAAGCAUGGCGUCACGACGUUGCCGAUGGAGCUCGGCAAAGCCAGAUCGGUUGCACCCAAAGUCAUCAGCAGUGACCUCUGCUUUCUGCCCAAAGUGAUUGGGCCGUGUAAAAUGUCCCGGCCGUCGUUCCAUUUCGACGCCACCAAAGGAGAUUGUCUUCCGUUCCUUUACGGCGGCUGCAAAGGAAAUGAAAACCGUUUCGAAACCUUGGAAGCCUGUCUCGAUACUUGCAGCUCUGUCGCAAGUCCCGGAACGAGAGUCAUCCGCAUCGAACCCCAAACUGGCCAUCAAGGUGUGACUACAUUGCCCUUCGCUCUUGGGUCUGAAGAUAGCCCUAGCAGGGUCAUCAAUGUCCAACCGGAGCCUGGUAGAAAAGGUGUUGCUACGUUGCCUAUCGCUCUGUCCCGAAGCGGAAAUGUCCAGCCAGAAAGCAGCGCUAGAACAAGGCCGUCAGUUUGUCUCCAACCCAAAGUAACGGGAUCUUGUCGUGGACUAGAAACCAAUUAUUUCUUCGAUUCGACAAAGGAGAAAUGCGUAGCGUUCAACUACGGUGGUUGCGAGGGAAAUGAAAAUCGAUUCGAAACGUUGGAGAAAUGCCGCCAAGUUUGCGGUGAAAUUGUCAACGAGCCCGUCGAUCCAUUCGCCCGAUGCAAACUGCCUGCUGACGUUGGAAUGUGCAGAGGUUUCGCGCAGAAAUUCUUCUACGACGGCGCCGACAAAGAAUGCAAACCGUUCACGUACGGUGGUUGUCUAGGCAACGCAAACAAUUUCCCUUCUCAAGAGGAAUGCCUUUCGGCCUGCGCACCGCCCGUGAUUGACGCUAAAGCUAGAGCCCGUGCCAGAGCUCGUGCUAGGUUUGGAAUACCCGGCGAUGAGGAACCCGUUACGACAAACGUCAUCGAUACAUCGGCCGAGGGAACGUGCCAAUUUGGCAAUAUGACUUUGAAAGUCGGCGAACGUUUGGUGGAUUCCGAAACGCCUUGCGAAGAGUGCCAUUGCUCGACUCCGCCGGAAUUGACUUGCGUCACUCAAUCCUGUCCACCUCCCCCGAUGGUGGAGUCAGCCAUCUGCCAGCCAGAGUUUGUCGACGGCCAAUGUUGUCCUAAUUACGGCUGCGUAUCUGCCAAUCCUCCGUCAAUCGAUGUUUGCGAGGGUGUCAAGUGCGAAGAGGAAGAACAUUGUGAAGUUCAGUCACAAGAAAGUGUUGAUGGGGAGUGGCUACCACCGAUUGGCGUCUGCGUGAAAAACGCCAUGUUGGCCGACGAUGCUGCCGGAGAAACUACCGAGUUCACAACUGAAUCCCUCGCUACUGUAAGUCCCAUGAAGACCAAUAAGUGCGCGAAAGAAUUCUGCCCGCCACCGCCUUUGUUAGGAUCAGCCAUUUGUCGACCCGUGAACAUUCCGGGCCAGUGCUGCCCGUCCUACUCUUGCGUGUCAGCUAAUCCUCCCUCAAUCAACGUUUGCCAGGAAGUCAUUUGCGAUGAGGACGAGCACUGCGAAGUUCAAGCUCAGGAAAGCCAAGACGGAAGCUGGUUGCCACCAAUUGGUGUCUGCAUAACAGAUUCGACUUCCAUUCCGCUGUAAUAGAUGAGAGCCAUCAUUGUCAAUGGAACCUUCGAGAACAUUCUUUGUCAUCCAGUAAUCUAAUUACUUUUUCAAUCGUUAUCCUUUUCUUGUUGAAAAUUUGUUGUUAUAAAGCUGAGCAAUAAACUGACCAUUAUUAUUUCA